AUGGCCUACCGUGGCCCGGAAGGCAGAUACGCUGACCGUGGUCGGCCACGAUACGGCGAAAGACAUCCUCGAUCACCCUCGCCCCCAGACUCUCGACAGAGAUACGAUUCCCCUGGCGACUCGUACUACGCCCAAGAUGCCCGGACGGCCGACAGGAGGCGCGAAAACAGUGCAGACGACUACCGUGACAAAGGCCGGGAGCCCUACAGACAGUCCUCACGCUCGCCGCCGCGUUACUAUCGGGGCAGAGACGCCGGCUACAGAGACAGAGACCGCGAGGGCUACCGGUCUCCUCCAAGCUACGAUAUGAGAUACAGCCGCAGCCGAAGUCACAGUCGAACCAGAAGUCGAACGAGAAGCCGAAGUCGAAGUUAUAGCCGCAGUCGGAGCAAAGGUCGACGCCAUGCCCGUCCUCUUCGCCACUACGGGACGGAGAGUCGAGAGAUCAUGAUGGAAGGCCUGCCCGUGGACAUGACCGAAGAAGACGUCACGAGUGAACUUGCACAGCACUAUCAUAUUCGGGGCCUCGAGGACGUCCGCGUCAUUCGUGACAGACAAACCAAAAUGUCACGGCAGCUUGCGUUUAUUCGAUUCCCGACUAUUGACGACUCGCGAGAGUUUUUGGAAGGCAACUUUCCUGCCAUAUAUCUCUAUGGUAAAGCCGGUGCAGACGGUCAGGGUGCAAAGGUCAGGAUUGCCUACAGUCGCGAGAGAGAGGACCGCAACAGGGCCCGAGGUGACGGGGAAUGGACCUGUAUCAACUGUUCGAUUGUCAACUUUGCAGGCAGGCAACGGUGCUUCCGUUGUCAGGCAUCAAAACCAGAUGCCGCUCUGCUCCCGGUGGAAGAGACCGUCAAGGUAGCCAACAACGGCGACAAUGACGUCUCGACCGAUGGCACGCCCUCGCAGUUUCUCCUCUUCAGAGGCCUCGAGUCCAGCGUGACCGAGGAAAUGUUGGCCAAGGGCGUUGCGAAACUUUGCAAACAGACCAAGCCUGGUGCUGCCUCCACACAGCCUGGUUCAUCCGGGGUCGGUGGAGCAGCAAAGAAGGGGGCCAAGGUCGCGUCUACAACCGGCGACAGUAACCUUGGUGCUCGCGAUGGGUCGAUUUGCCGUGUUCUACUGCGGAACUCAACUGCACGACGGCGCCACGAGCGGAGCAAAGUGCAGGGGAACUCCACACAGAAGCCUGCCAGGGCAGCGACCCAUGGCAGGGACGGAGAGAAAGAGAAGAAGAGGAAGAAAGGGGAUGCGGGCGCAGGGGGUGCUGCUGGCUCUGCAACAAAGAAGAUCGCCAUGGCCUCACAUCUUCAAUUCUGGAGCAACCGCCAUGCGGAGUUGCAUGGCCUGGAUAGACGCAGCGCCGAGACGGGCGAUGGAGAUCACUCCAAGGAACCCUGUUCGGUCGCUGCCCGAUCACAAUCACAGUCACAGCCAUCAUCACUACAGCUCCAACCACUUCAGCAGCAUCAGCAUCAGCAGAAGCAGCCACAUUUGCAAGGACAGCAGUCCUACGCCGACCUUAACCGGCUGUGUUGUUAUCUAUGCAUGAGAGAGUUCAAAUCGGAGGCCCACGUCCACCAGCACGAACGGCUGAGCCAGCUGCAUCGUGAGAACCUGCAAGACGAGACACUGAAGGCCAAGGCACUGGCCAAGCUGGCAAAGAAGCGAAUGCCAACGGACCAGACCGAAUAUCGCGACCGUGCCAAGGAGCGACGGCGGGUGUUUGGUUCAUCCAAGAUCAAGAAGAGAGAGGCUGAAGCUGGCCGCCAGAGUGAGGGCGAGCAGGCUAGUGCUGCUGCUGCUCCAGCAGCGUUGUCCAAGGGUGCUGCACUGCUGGGGAAGAUGGGCUGGUCGGCUGGCUCUGGUCUCGGAGCGGAAGGGACCGGCAUGAAACAACCAGUGCCUACAGACUUGUACGUGCAGGGCGUGGGGUUGGGCGCGCAGGGUUCAAAGAUUGGAGAUGCGGUACGGGAAGCUGGACGGAGCACCCGUGGGAGAUAUGACGAGUUUCUGGAGAAGACGAGAGAACAUGCCCGGGAGAGGUACGAAAGGAUGAAGAACGAGCAGGGCUAG